ACAGAGAAAUUUUAGGCCUUUCUUCUUCAGAAAAAGGGAAAGCAAAUUAGCUUCCCCCAACUCACAAAAAUGUCAAGACCAGAACUUCUAGCACCGCCAGAAAUUUUCUACAACGACGAUGAAGCUCGAAAGUACACCUCAUCUUCUCGAAUUAUCGACAUACAGACACAACUUUCUGAGAGAGCAUUGGAGCUUCUUGCUUUGCCAGAUGAUGGCAUCCCAAGAUUACUUCUUGAUAUUGGUUGCGGAUCAGGUCUAAGUGGGGAGACACUCACUGAGCACGGACACCAGUGGCUUGGUUGGGAUAUAUCAGAAUCAAUGCUUGAUAUUGCAUUGGAGCGUGAGGUUGAGGGUGAUCUAAUUCUGGGUGACAUGGGUCAGGGCUUAGGGCUUCGACCUGGUGUUCUGGAUGGUGCCAUCAGUAUCUCAGCUGUGCAGUGGUUGUGCAAUGCUGACAAAUCUUGUCAUGAACCUCGGAUAAGAUUGAAGGCAUUCUUUGGUUCCUUGUAUAGAAGUUUGGGAAGGGGAGCAAGAGCAGUACUCCAGAUCUAUCCUGAAAAUCUUGCUCAGCGGGAGCUGAUUCUGGGUUUUGCCAUGCGAGCUGGAUUUUCUGGAGGAAUAGUUGUUGACUACCCACACAGUUCUAAAAGGAGGAAAGAGUACUUAGUUCUGACUUGUGGUCCGCCGUCUCUCAGCACCACUACUCCAGAUGGAAAGGGUGAAGAUGGAGAGAGUUGCUCUGAUGAAGACAGCAGCGAGGAUGAAGAAAACCAGACAGUUUGCAUAUCUGAUCGGCGUAGACCUAGAAAAAAGCAAAAAUUGAACAAGAAAGGCAAAGGGAGGGAUUGGGUUCUGAAGAAGAAAGAACAGAUGAGGAAAAAGGGGAACGCAGUUCCUCCAGAUAGCAAAUACACAGCACGUAAAAGAAAAGAUCGGUUUUGAUCCAUUAGUAAGAUAUAUCUAGAUUGACUUAUUUGUUUUGAACACAACUUCAGUUAUUUUUUUGCGUGUAUUAUGUAAAGAUUCUGGGAUAGUCUUGUGAGACCUAAAUAUUAUAUUUCAGCUGAGUUCAAGAGUAAACAAGAUAGUUGGAGGUUGCUUUUCCAGAGAUUUGAAGCCUAGUUUGAUCAUGUAGUGUGUAUUUACACCUAUCCUGGAGUUACUUUUUUCCUUAAGCAGUAGAAACUGUGUUUAUUUUUCAA